AUGGGUGCACUUUCUGCCGUCCUCGCAAUCCCAUACCGAAGCAUCAAAGAGUCUAUCGAGAAAAAUCGCAAAAACAAGAACCAGAAUAAAAACAAAAGACAAACGAAAUCUGCGCCAGGAAGUCGAUCUCCUUCUAUUUCUAAGUCAGGAGUGGUGGACUGGAAAAAUAAAUUCGGACGAGAAGAUAGCACGAGUGUGAAUAUAAAGAAGUCGCAAUCAUUAGGCCAUUUACCUUUGGUAGAAGUGCCGCGGGCAGAAUUGUCGGGUGUAUCGAAUAUAGCUUGUGGCAAGGGAAAGGGGAUCGAAGAGCCUUCUUUGCAGAAGCAAACUACGCGACUAAAGACGACGGUGCAGAGGGAUUUUGCGCUAAAAUCGACAGUUCGGGUGUCAGUGGCUGCAGUUACAGGGCUGGAGAGAAGAUCUCGUAUUGGAAGUGUAGCUGGAGGGGUAACAGAGCGACGUUUUUUUCAUAGCUCGACGUCUGACAAUAUUACAAACGAGAACAACGUUUCAAAGGAUACAAACACGAAUACUUCAUCGCCCGAACAAAUCAAUACCAACGCUACGAACAAAAUGGCUUCCGACGAGGAUUACAUGGCGUUUCUCAAUAAAGCCAACGAGGACCCUGGUGCUGGCACAUCGACCACUGCUGGGAAUUAUCGCAAGAAAGCGGAGUACAAAACUAUGGAUGAUGAGGUUGAUGUACCGGCGGUGUUGGUUAGGGCGACCAAGGAUGCGUGGUAUAUCAGUGAUGCGGAUGAACCUUUUGUGGUAGUGGCUUUGAAGAAUGAGGGGAAGGGGUUACCGGAUGAAGAAACCUUUGCGAAACUCAUAGAACAUCCUUCUCCAGCGGAUGCAGCAGAGGAAAUCCAAAUACUGGAUAUUGGUGAUUGGGAUCCAAGAGGUGAGUAUAGGGAUAUUGUGAAGGCGGUUAGGGAGGCGUGUAAGGGGGGUGAUGUGAGGGUUUAUAGGGUGCCCGGGGAGGGAAGUAGGGUUGAGUAUUGGGUUGUGGGGGUUGAGGGGGAGAGGUUGGUGGGGGCUAAGGCUUUGGGGGUGGAGAGUUAG